AUGGCUUCGACAUACCAGGAAGUCAUUGAACCGAUGGCUGGCGGUGGCUCGGGCAACCAUCUCGGCCCGGUACUCCUCAUAUUGGCCGGCUCAGCCACAGCCGUUGCAACCAUCGUAUCCGCUUGGUCCAUAUUCCUUCACCUCAAGAACUACCGCAAGCCUACACUCCAAAGGAUGGUCAUCCGAAUCAUGGUCAUGGUCCCCAUUUACGCCAUUUCUUCCCUUAUCUCCCUCUUCUCGCUAGAGGCAGCAUUCGUCAUCGACGCACUGCGGGACAUAUACGAGGCAUUCGUCAUCUACUGCUUCUUCAACCUGCUGCUCAAUUACCUAGGCGGCGAACGCUCCCUCCUGAUCCUUGUGCACGGCCGCGCGCCCAAGUACCCGCCAGCGCCCAUGAACAUAUUCCAACCGGAGCUAGACGUCAGCGAUCCUUACACCUUCCUGUUCCUCAAACGAGGAAUCAUGCAAUAUGUAUAUAUCAAACCUUGUUUGGCGCUGGCGUCUCUGAUCUUGAAGGGGGUCGGGAAGUACAAUGAGGGCGACUUGCGAUUCGACUCCGGCUACCUUUAUGUCAGCAUCGUGUACAACGCCAGCAUCUGUCUGAGCCUGUACUGCUUGGCGAUGUUCUGGCUAUCUAUCAGCGAGGAUUUGAAGCCCUUCCGGCCCAUGCCCAAGUUCCUCUGCGUCAAAGGCAUCCUUUUCUUCUCGUUCUGGCAAUCCAUCUUCAUUUCCAUCCUCGUCGCCGCUGGCUUCAUCGCCAAAUUGGGUCCCUACACCGACAGCGAACACAUAUCGCUCGGACUGACCGACAUGCUUAUCUGCAUCGAGAUGCCCUUCUUCGCCAUCGCGCACAUGUACGCGUUCUCGGAGCAGGACUACAUUGACAAGGACAUUACCUUCGUUGGGAGGAUGCCAAUCCGCUAUGCUAUCAAGGACGCGUUCGGUCACAAGGAUGUCAUGGAGGAUCUAAAGAGUACGGUCAGGGGAGAAGGGAUGGACUACAGGGAGUUUGAACCUACGGAGGGGUUCAUUCAUCAGGGCCUGGGACGCGAACGGCGAAUCAAGGCCGGUUUGCGAUACUCGAAAGGCGGGCGCGGGAAGUAUUGGCUCCCUCAACCGGCCACAGACACCCGACCCGGACGCGCUGAGCGCACGGUGGAACGCGCAUUCGGCACGGAUGACUACGAUGAAGUCCACGCCCCACUCCUCAGUGGCGAAGCUCAAGAUGUCCUGCACGAUGAGACGCAUACCCUCCCGUCGACCGUCGGCUACGAGAUUCCUUUCGGCGAUCCAAGCGCGGAGGAUGAAGCGUUGUUUGAGCAGAGCAAGCAGUAUCUCUUCGGUGACUACCUGUAUCCAUGCGUCGAUGUCAGCUCGGAAACGGCACGCAGAACGAUGUGGGACGCUGAAGAGGCUAUACUGCGCGACGAGCGCUCAGCGUGGGACUCGGACUUCAAAGGCCGGAGAAAGACUUCACGGGCUCUAGGGGGACAGAGAGAAGGGUACGGUGCCGUUGCAACUUCCUCUCGCGUAGGAGCAGGACAGGCGAGCGGGUCGGGAUCGGGAAGUAGUGGGAGAGGAUCGCCGCAGGUCAAGGAGAGGGUCAUUGAUAUGGAGGCGGAGAGGAUGCAGAGUGGGGACCCCAACGAUGUCAAGUUGCGCUGGAAUAAGGUCGCGAAGCUGACGCCGCCGGGUUCGCGACCAGGCUCCGCAGCACCUUCGCCCAAGCGCGACCACCCCCCACGCCUUCCCGCGAGCCGUACCCACUCAUAUGGCUCAACGCCUCGCUCUUCGCCCAGUCAAGCGCCGCCACGUGCGCUUGCGCGCUCGCCAAUAAAUGGGUCGCCGCGCUCUGAUGCCGUUGAUCUUGUCGUGGAGGACGAUGGGUUAGCCGAAGAGGAGAUGGCGCAGGAACGGCGGAGAGGCGAACCAGCCGUACGCGGGUCCGGUCUACGCAAAGUCUACCGCAGACACUACCUCCCGCACGAGCAACCUGAACAGGUCGAGGAGGUUGGCGAGGAGAAUGUACACGCCGCCGGCGCUUCGCGCAAUGAUCUCGAAGAGAUAGCUCAUCAAAUGGCCGAGUCGGAAGAUGCGCUCGACCAGCAUGUUGCGCCUGAGAUGGCUGGAGGAGGUGUUGGGAUAUUGAGGACCGAUGCACCUGUUGCGAGAGCGCAGACGCCGCCGGCGCAUGCGAUUGUCAGCCCCACGUUUAGUCCGCCGCCACCAGACGAUGAUAAUCCUUGGGCAUAA